UUGAUUUUAACAAUUUUGACCCAGAAUUAGCUAGUCUAAACUGUAGGAGUAUGUUAGGCAUUUUUCAAUGUUGUCAAUUUUAGUUUGAUAACCGAGUACAGCUUCCUUUUCCGGUAGACGGUCGCCUCUAAGAUGUAUUCGGCGAGUGCGAAAAUAAUUAAGCCUCAGGGCGAAAAGCCUGAUGAAUUUGAGUCUGCUAUUAGUCAGGCUCUUCUGGAGCUUGAGAUGAACUCUGAUUUGAAAGCCUCUCUGUACGAGUUAUCCAUCACUGGAGCAAAAGAGAUAGAUAUGCAGGGGAAAAAGGCAAUUAUCAUUUUUGUCCCAGUGCCUCAGCUGAAAGCAUACCAAAAGAUUCAGACCCGUUUAGUUCGUGAGCUAGAAAAGAAAUUCAAUGGCAAGCCUGUCGUUUUCAUUGCUCAGAGAAGGAUUUUACCCAAGCCAACUAGAAAGAGCAAGAGGAAAAACAAACAGAAAAGACCAAGAAGCCGCACAUUGACAGCUGUCCAUGAUGCCAUUCUUGAGGAUUUAUGCUACCCUGCUGAGAUUGUUGGAAAGCGUAUUCGUGUAAAACUAGAUGGGUCUAAAAUAAUUAAAGUACAUCUGGAUAAAAGUCAGCAAAAUAAUGUUGAGCAUAAGCUGGAUACAUUCACAUCAGUUUACAAGAAGCUCACUGGCAAAGAUGUUACUUUUGAAUUUCCAGAGUUCGUUUUGUAAAGACUGGAUAUGCAUUAAAAACUUAUAAAAGAA